AUGUACCACGUCUACUGCGACAAAGGUGAUCCUCCUCCGUUCCUCUGCGAAGGCGACGAUCGACACUUAGUCGCCAAGUACAUCUACGGAGGUCGAUGCGAACAAUGCAAGGACAGGGCUUGGGUCGAGGAAGGUGAGGAGCGAGAGUGUCACCUCCAAGAUCAGUUGGAAGAUCUUCGCGUAGAAUGUCUUCCUAAAGACCAGGAGAAGAAAUACCAUGAGAACAUCGUCAAGAAGCACAAUAUCCAAGAACGAUUUGCAGAGGACAAGCUCGAGAACGAGAGCGACGACAUUGACUUCACUGUCGAGUGGGUCAAAGAGCACUUGAAUGCGGUUUGGACUGGCAACGAGAAGGCUCUCAAGAGAUUGGGUUAUAUGCAAGCAUGCGACAUGAAAGUUCGGCUCAACAAAGAGCUGAAGAAGCCAGAGGGUUUGCAGAAGAAAUCCAAGCCGAGAAAUACACCGAUACCCACGGGUUGGCAGAAAAUUGCCGUCGAGUCAUGGGGAGGUUUCGGUACCGGAUAA